AUAUUCGAGGCGGGACGUAAACAGAGGAGCAGCUUCAGAGCGGAGGGGACCGUUGGACGGUGCACCGAGGAGAAACCAGCAGCUCCUGCAGCUUCGGGCUUUUGUGCGACUUAAACGGCUUUUCGGUUAUAAAACCAUUUCUUUCCAACUUCAGCUACAGUGUUAGCUAAGUUCGGAGAGGAGAAAACAGAGAAAGGCCGUGUUGCUGUUUUGUUUUUGUGUCGCUGCGUACCAAAGGAUGCAGUGUUAGUCGAUCUCCUUCAGCGUUAUAUUACAAAAGAGAAAAACCACAACACUAUUAUCUGUUUAUUCUGACAUUUGGACAGCUUUGACAUGGAUAACUCUGGGUCCAAGAAGACAUGCUCUGGUAGGUGAUUUUUCGAUGCAAGCUUUAAUAAUCAAUAUAAUAAUCAACUGUAUGUGGAUCAGCUGCUGUAAUGUGAAUUUAUCCUCCUUACAGAGUCUGUCAGAGACUUCUUUACUUCAGCUAAAUUCCUUAUUUACAUGGGACAUGCUCUGUCAACAUGGGUAAGUGAAUAUUAUGCCUAUUGCACGUAUUUAAAUACACACUAUCAUAUAUUUGCACAUGAGUUUGAUGAUGAUAGGCUUUUCUGAGCCAAAUUGAAUGUAAUACAAUAUGAAUAUGUGAUUGUAUGAUGGUGCUUUUGUUCCAGCUGUCAUUACAACACAAAAUGACAUGUUUUCCAUGUGUGGCUCACCGAGAUACUUGUCUCUACAAAUAGGGUGUUUUGCAGCCCAAUGAGGCUGAAAAGGCUCUCAUUAUUCAUGAACCACAUUUCCCACCUGGCCUCACUCGGAUGUUUUGAAUCAAGGCUCAGUCUGGUGUGUAACUAACCAGUGUUUUUUUGAUUUCCAAAGGGUGACCGAAUGUGGAACUUUGCUGUGGCUGUUUUCCUGGUGGAGUUGUAUGGGAACAGCCUGCUGCUGUCAGCCGUGUACGGGCUGGUGGUGGCCGGCUCUGUGCUGCUGCUGGGGGCCAUCAUUGGGAACUGGGUGGACAGAAACCCCAGACUAAAAGGUAAGGAAACAGAAUUAUUUCCAUUUUUCCAUUUAUUUAUUUCUAAAAAUGGGAACAGUACAUGAAGAUGAACAUUUACUCAACUUAACUUUAUUUGUAAAGCACUUUAAAACAACCAUAUCUGAACAAAGUGCUGUACAUAAAUAGGCAAAACAACGCAGACAUAAAAAACAAUCAAAAAACAAUUAAAACAAUGGAUAGAAUAAAAGCAGAUAUUAAAAAGUAAAAUAUAGUUUCAAUGUUUUUAAAAACUAAUUUUAAAACAUAGAAACAAAUAACUAAAAACAAGCCAUAAAACACUAAAACGGGAGCGGAGUCUCAUGCAGGUUUGAAAGCCAAUGAAUCAAAAUGGGUUUUAAGACAAGUUUUACAUGUAGAUAUGUGGGAUUAUUGCCAGAUGUCUAAUUUCCAUCCCCAGUCCCAUUGGCAGGUUGAUGUCAAACAUAAAAGCAAUAAUGUUAAAAGUACGAACAACAUGACUAAGACAGUAGAACAAUGCACUGACAACAUACACAUAAUAUACAUAAAUGACAUACACAGACCAAAAAUUAAGUGACCAAUAGUAAGGGGACCAAAAGUGUUUUAAGUGCCAUUUGCUAAUUCUAAAAAAGGUUUAAAAAUUGAGGAUUUGCUGCUAAAAAUAAAUGUGGAGCAGUCAAAAACGGCCUGGUAGCACAGUUUCCCUCACUCACACCGUUUGUGGAUUUUACCCAGAAGAAUUUGGCAAAAGCUCUAAUUUCUCCAACCAUCUUGUUAAAACCCUCGUGAACUAAUUUGUCAGACAGGAAUCUGUUGUCUUUGACCACAUUUCUGUCCCUAAUGUCCUUCGUGGUGCUUCCACAGUGGCCCAGACCUCGCUGCUCGUCCAGAACAGUUGCGUCAUCGUGUGUGGGAUCCUCCUGAUGGUUGUUUUCCAGUUCAAAGAACAGCUUGUGGAGCUUUACAAUGGAUGGAUUCUGGUGAGAUCCCCCUCCUGUGCUGUCCUUACACACUCGCUGUUCAAACAUGAUCCGAUGUGACUUUCACUGACAGCAGUUUUAGACUUUUUCCUGUUGUUCGCUGCUCUGACCCCUGCAGACAAACUUGCUUACUCGACCUGAGAUAGACCCCUGCGUCAGUUUCUGACAGCUUUAACAGACUGCUUAAACAUGGGUUACAUUCACUGCAUCAAAUUAUAUUUAAAUCAAUAACCAAUCAGGUUUGAAAACUGAGAUUUGAGUGUUUGAGUCACAAACUGGGCUGAAUGAGGAGCUGAUACCCCUCGACAGUCUUCAGCGGGAAUAAAUAGCUGGUGUCAGAGUUUUGCUCGGGGACUUGUUUACACUUGUUGAGCUAUGUGUUUUCAUUUGAGCCACCAGCACGACAAAGAGACGGACCUGAUUUUAAAGCUGACCCAGAUGCAGAACUAGACCACUUGUUAUGGCUCCAAAAAGGGAAAUGAGGACAGGUCUGUCGUUGCAAUAAAAUUUGCUGUUCAAACAAAUCAUCAUUUCUGGAUCAAUUUGAUUAAACAAGUGAGUAAAAUGAAGUUGAUGAUGUAUGCGGAGAGCUCAUUCACUCUUAUCAAUUUAUUGGAUUUGGCUCCUGUGUGGUUUUGGUAAUAGAUUGAUUGAUUGUGCAGCUUUAUCAGAGAUGUUUCCGUCCAUCUCCAGAGAUUUCUUCGGGUGUCAGGUUGGAAAACAAAAGCCUUCUGUCAGCGAGAACAUGCCUUCAGCAUCGCUCUCUGCAUUUGUAGAACGCCUUUGAGUCUCUGGGGAGAGGUGGGGGAUGGAUUUUAGCCUUGUGAGAGUGUUUAGAGAGAUGUGUGUGUGUGUGUGUGUGUGUGUGUGUGUGUGUGUGUGUGUGUGUGUGUGUGUGUGUGUGUGUGUGUGUGGAGAGAGAGAUUUGGUGAAACAGGAGAUCGAGUGUUGUAGUCAGCAGGUUCUUCAAGGCCUGUCACAUGACUCGGAGAGGGAGAGGGAGAGAGAAAUGUAGCCUGACCUGUUGAAUCGUUGUUUCGCUGUUCAGAGCAGCUGCACUCAAACAAGCAUGUGCGCCAACAAACUAAGCUGCGGUUUAAUAUGUUUGCAUAUGAGUGAAGUUGUCAAUCAUGAUUUAUUACUGUAGUCCUUAAAGUCCCAAAAUCGAGCCUUAACUUAGCUGUUGUGCCUCAUUAUUGUAACGAAAAGUGUAAAAAAAACUGCUUUAAAAUGAUGCGAUAUUGUCUUUUUAUUUUAUUUUUGUUAAUCUACAGACAAAGCUGAAAAAGUAAAUAAAAACAGCAUUUUGGGGAACUAUUUUAAGGCUCUGAUUGACAUUAAUCUGUGUGAUGGAGGUGCAUUUAAAGGGGUCCAAAUAGUUAGAAAGUAAAACUAACUUGUUGGUGUCUGUCAGCGACAAGAAAAUAAAGAUUACUAACUCUUUUCUUUCUUUUGAUUUUCCAGACCACCUGCUACAUCCUGGUGAUCACCAUCGCCAACAUCGCCAACCUGGCCAGCACAGCCACGUCCAUCACCAUUCAGAGGGACUGGGUGGUGGUUGUUGCAGGUCAGGACAGCAGCAAGUUGGCAGGUCAGUGUCUCUUACCUCCUUCCUGACUUAUCUCGAAUGUACGCCUCACGUGAUCGGUUAUCAGAUCUCUACAGCGGGGGCAGACUUUGAACCCCGGACGCUGACUCACUCUCAUUUUCACCGUUUAUGUUCCUGCAGGUUUUAAGAUGGUCGUAAAAUCUUUUAGGGGUCGCUCACAUGAUUGGAAAAUACACUAACAGCUGAUGAACUCGGUGACCUCAAUUAUUCAGCUGUGCUAGAAUCAGGUCUUUCAUAAAAUCUAAGAACGUAUAAAUUUAAAGCCGACUACAAUGAGAGAGAGAAACAAUGGGCUACUAUUGAAUAAGGUGUCCUUAUAAAUCUGCUGGCGAAGCAAAACAAACAAGAACUUUGUAAAGAAUAAAAGAAACUGAAAUAAAAGAAAUUCGUAACAGGGAAUUGAAAUAUGCUAAUCAUACGGUGUAAAUUUAACCACAACUAUCGUGCAAGGCAAUAAGUUGCUCAGCUUCGAGAUUCUCUGGCGCCGAUCUUCCCAAUUUCCUAAAUUGUUCACAUUUUCAUUUACGUAUUAUCUUCUUAGACCCAUCGGCUUUAAGUUUAUGAAUCUUUGACAACAUCUGAUCAUUUUCAACCCCCCAAAAGGGAAUACAGAUGUAGUUCACUAAAUGGAACCUGUAGUGACUUUGCUGACCUGAAUUUAAGUCACUGUCUGGGUGUGGGAGUGAGGAGUUUUUGACGCACUUCUACUAAAAUCCAGUGUCCAAUCCAAGGUUGUUGUUGAAUUAUAUUUUGCCAUUUAUGAUUAAAUGAAAAACAAACAAAAAAAGACAAAUACGUCCAACCUACGACGAUGGAGUUGUACAAGAUGAGGGUGAGAGCGGUGUCGGUGUCUGGUUCCCCAGAUCACGGCUGUCACGGUGUCCCUUUUGUAGCAUUCACCUGACCAUUCGCCUGAAGUGCCUCUUGUAGUGAUUGUGCGAGUAACAAAACAAAACCCCCAAAAUAAAACAGAUAAAAUGACUCUUACAGAAGCAGAAUAAUGAGUCAGUUUAACUAAAUCAACAGUUUCAUUCUUCUAGACCUGAAAUAUCUGUCAUAUCUAAGCUAUAAAGCAGCUGCUCAAGACUAGUCAAGGCGAGUUGAGUUGUAUGAAGGCCGCUUCUUGUCGACAUGAGCGGUUAUUAACCUGGACUAUAACCUGCGUGAUGAAGACGGCCGCUGCCAACGUCAGGAUUCGAUUAAUCUUACUAAUCGUAUAAGAUCUGCAAACUUGUGCAGCGAACAAAACAUGAAAAUUCACCUUCUCUCUUAACUCUCUUGUAUCAAACAGACAUGAACGCCACCGUGCGCAUCAUCGAUCAGCUGACCAACAUCCUGGCUCCCAUGCUGGUGGGUCAGAUCAUGUCCUUCGGCUCUCACUUCAUCGGCUGCGGCUUCAUCUCCGUUUGGAACCUCUGCUCCAUGUGUCUGGAGUACAUGCUGCUGUGGAAGGUCUACCAGAAGACGCCGGCGUUGGCGGUGAAAGCCGGUCAGAAGGAGCAGCAGCAGGAGCUCAAACAGCUCAGCACCCCUAAAGGUGACUUCAAGGAGCUUGUGUUUGAUGUUGUUUCUGCUAAUAAGCAUCUCGCUCGUUAGCGUGUGAUAAUCCAAACUAAACCUCUCCGUGUUUCUGCCCUUUCACAGAGUUGGAGAACGGCCAGAGCCCUGAGGAGUUGUCUCAUCCGCUGAUGAAUGAAACCGCAGCCGUGGAUAAACCCGACUCCCCUAAACGCCAUGGCCUCUGCCACCAGGUGACCGAACCCCUGCGUAUGUUCAGAGACGGCUGGGUGGCGUACUACAACCAGAACAUCUUCUUCGCCGGGAUGUCUUUGGCUUUCCUCUACAUGACAGUGCUGGGCUUCGACUGCAUCACCACCGGCUACGCCUACACGCAGGGUCUGAACGGCUCCGUGCUCAGCCUGCUGAUGGGAGCCUCCGCCAUAUCCGGCAUCUGCGGCACCGUCGCCUUCACCUGGAUCCGCAAGAAGUGCGGUCUGAUCCGCACCGGCUUCAUCUCCGGCGUGGCCCAGCUGUCUUGCCUGAUGCUGUGCGUCGUCUCGGUCUUCGCCCCCGGGAGUCCCUUCGACCUCAGCGUGUCGCCCUUCAAGGACCUUUACACCCACCUGAUGGGCGAGAAGGAGCUACCUGAGGCCGACCACAUCCUCACCGGCAUCCUUACCGCUGGAAACACGACUACUGCUGCACCGACCGAAGUGAUGCCACAGCUGCAGUCCUACUUGUCUGUUAGUCUGCUGUUUGCCGGCGUCAUCGCUGCUAGAGUUGGUGAGUGGAUGUUUUUCCUUUUGUUAUAAACCAUUUAUUUCAAACUAGGAAAAGUUAUUUUACAGCACGUUUUUAUCCUAAUACAUGAUGUUAUUGAUGCGUGUUGUUUGUCGCCGCAGACACAUUAUGUAGAGGAGGGAACAAGUUUUACUUUAGUGCCAGAUCUGCGCAAGAUGUGGUGUUCUCAGGGUUACCGACUCCACAUUUUAGGCUGCAUCUUUCCCGUAAUUGUUGGUCUAUCUGUGCACAACUUGAUCUUCUGAUAGUGAGGAAAAUGUCUCUCUUUGUGGUGUUAUAUAUUUCAUUCCCACUUACAGACUCUCACAGAGGCUUUAGUUUUUCUUCAGCUGGGAAAGCGGAAGCUCAAAAUGCGAACCAUCACCGGCUCUGCUGAAUAAGUGGUUCGAAGUCUGAGUUCGUUUUAUCUGACAGGAAAUUAGAGUCGUCGUGCUUUGUUGGCAGGACGGUUUCCUGUCGUUCGAUUAUAAAAGAUCAUUCACACAUGAUGACUUCCUGGAGGUAAUUGAAGCACAAUCAAGGAGACCCACGGGUUCAACUCUAGUCACAAGUCACCGUUAUUUCAAACAGGAUCUGCCUCAGAUGUCGCAGCAGUAUUUCCGACCUUUGGUUCCAAUAAUAUUUGCUGAUAAUUCCGGCUGCAGCUCCUUUUGUCAUCGGAUGUGGUUUUACAGCAGCUGUAAAAAUACCAUUAGAAGUGACUGUUGAUCUCUGUUUUGCAGGCCUGUGGUCCUUUGACCUGACAGUGACCCAGCUCAUCCAGGAGAAUGUGAUCGAGUCGGAGCGAGGUGUGAUCAACGGCGUCCAGAACUCCAUGAAUUACCUCUUAGACCUGCUGCACUUCAUCAUGGUGAUUCUGGCUCCGAACCCGGAGGCCUUCGGCCUGCUGGUCAUCAUCUCGGUCUCCUUCGUGGCCAUGGGUCACAUCAUGUACUUUGGGUUCGCCUUCAAGAACCUGGGCACCCGCCUCUUCCUCUGCUGCUCGCCGGAGCAGAAGGUGGAGACGGUGGAGAGUCCCUCACUUCCAACAACCGUCUAACCACGUUAAAGAGACUGUGUCCUGGGUACAUAUCUUUAAAGCCUUACACCAACCCUGCAUCGUAUUUAUCAAACUAACAUCUUUGCUUGUAGCUGGCAGAAUGCUAACAAACUAGAGAAAGAUAACCUAACAUGCUGUGCAUACUGAAGCCGUUAACAAAGCUUUAAUCGUGGCAGAUGGAGGUGAGUAGAAAGCUUGCAGUCGUAGAAAACUAAUCUGUAGUCAAACUUAGGAUGUGGCAGGGUUUCUCUAACCCCGCCUCUGAUCUGUGGGUCCACGCGCUCUGAUAUACACGUACCGUCAAACUAGGAUCCAUCACUUCCACGCUUGAGACUCCAAAGUGAGUCCAGUGAAGAAGUCAGGGGAUUAGAAACUGUAAAGUACCCUCCUCGAAAAACCUCGUAGUUUAGCUGUGAAGAUCUCAGAGGUGCUUCAGCGAACUACAGGAGAACGGGAGGGAGGAAGGAGAGCAGGAGCUGAGAACGAGAAGACAGAGCGUCCCCUACUUUGUUGGUGCUGUAGCUGUGUCUAAUAGCUGCUCUCAUACUGUGUACAUGUAUGACGAGCAGGACGGAUGUCUUCCUACAGAAGGUGGGAAGAUAGUUUCUAUAUAACCAAACGCAAAACUGGGAUCUAGUCUCUUUUAUACACAUGGUCAUGAGAGCAAAACCGUAGACUGUGUAUAAGAAGUGGAUGUAGACACGCAGAGGUUAACCUUUAAAUACUGUAAUUACGAUAAAAGCUCUACCACCGGGACGUAAACAAGCACAACUUCACCUGUUUCACUGUUUCUGUCCAUAAAGAGCAAAAGCAGAAACGGUUAGCAUUCGAUUUUUACACAAUUACAUGUCCUUUGCAAUAAGUAGAGCUGCCCCCUGCUGGCCAUAGGAGGUAAUGCAGGUUUAAGGUACUUCUGCAGCGACAUCGUCUUCUCAUGCACAGUCUGCGGCCGAUGCUCUUCACUGUAUUUAUUCAGGAAAUGCAGGCGGCGGUUUUUAUGAUAAAUGUAUCAUCAGUAUUGUUGCAGUUGUGCCAUAAGAGCGAAAUGAGAAAUCCUAUGCACCCUUUGUCAGUAAUCUCUCUCUCAGUUACCAAAGUCUUUAUGUGGCGUUUAAGGAAGUGAGGGAAACCUGGAGGAAUCCAAAUAUAUAUUAUUUUAACAUGAGGCAGCAGCAGCAGCUGUGUAGGUUCACUAAAGCUUUCAUCGUCGAUCUAAACUAACCUUAACGCUCUGAGAUUGUACCUGAAUCAUCCGGUAGUUUACAUUUGUAGCGUCGUUUUGUCACCGUUUGAUUUUUAUGUUCUCUGUCUUGAGUAAUUUUAUAAUCAUGAUUGUUGUUACACAGGCACUUUAAGUGAUUGACGUUCGGUCAUUACACCCGGCGCGUGAUCAGGCAUUUGAUCAAUACUUUUGCACAAGGCUGAAGUCCUGAUAACCCCCCAACCCCUCACCCGUAUACGCUUAAUCUAGUUUAAACACUUCAAGUCCUUGUUCAGGCACAUAGUUCGACUUUUACCAUCCCGUGCAGACGAGGAAAAUCUGUGUCAGAGAAAAAACCCCAAAGUUUAGCUCAGAUAUUCUCAAAAUUCAGCAUUAAAGCUUCGUCUGCAAACUCUAAUCUGAUUUCUGUCCGCUGCUUUCGACUGCCAGCAGACUCUGAGGCUGUUUUCACAAAGAUGUUUCAGACCGGUGCACACUGGGAGUCUGAGCCUCAGAAAAGUUAACACUGAUUUAAUCUCCUGCCAAAAUGUCGACGCCUUACCCCCAGACUAAAUCAAACUGUUGACAUAUGUUUUUACCCUGAACCAGAGGCCACAGCUUUAGUUUGGUUUCUGUUGAAUCUUAAUUCCUUUACUCUGGUCCUCCUCUGGUUUUGUUAAAAAAAUGCUGACCUGAAAGCGUCUAAGUUUAAAAUAGUAGUAGUAAUUGUCGUUGUCAUGACUAGUUGAGUGCUGUGACUUGAUUUUUCUUUUCUCUACUUUCACAAAGCUCGAUAAAUCUUUUCUGUACUUUGGUCUUGUUAAAAACGAGACCAGCAGCCUUAACUGUUUCGCUGACCUGAUCAGUCAUGUGAGGGUCAAAGUUGAUUUCUGUCUUUGUGAAAUCAGCCUCUGGCUCCUGAAGCAGACGUUUAAACAGCAGCAACAGUUUUGACUUUACAGGAGCAACUUUAAACGUUUUAAAAUCAAAGUUUCUCACAGGAGAAAGAAAAAACUUUGCUCCAGAAUGAGGCCGUUUAAAUGUGAAGAAAAACUGAAGUGAAAUUAAAAACACAGAAAUAUAGUCAGAGGAAUCAAACUAACUUUAGUUUUCUGUCUAAUUUCUUUCUUGUUUCCUUAAUUUUGCUAAUCUUAGCCACCAUAAGCUAACCAGUCAAACCCGGCCCAGCGAGGCCGAAGCUGCAGCAUCCCUAAACGUAUUCGAGUUUGUUUAGAAGCUCAUUAAAUCAUCUGCAAGUUUAUUUCAUUAUAACCCCAAUACAAAGAUUUAUAUAAAGAUUUCUGUCGCCUUAAUGUAAAUCAGCUGUUAAACGCACACACCCUGCCCAUGAAAGUCCUGCCCGUCUAGCCAGGGUUUGGUCUUGGGGAGGGGAUAUUUAGGUUGGAAACAGGAGUAACCACAGCAGAUGUGGGAGAACAGUAGUCCACUUUUAGUCGCACAUUCCCAUGAACCUUUUGGAGGCUGCUGUGAUGAGUCAGGAUGUCUGCAGGUGUGCUGUGACGGUGCAGACUCACAGGGAAUGGAGUUUAAUUUUCAUUCCACUGAUGAUUUAUUUUUAUAACCACAGACUCGGUCUGGGCACAAGAACAAAACCAGCUCUUAAAACGGUUGGUCUGCUGAUUCAGGAAUACCACACAUGGCCAUAACUCUGUAUUUGUGAUGUAAAUAACCGUAUCUGUCCAUCACACUUGGAAAAUGAAAAAAAAAAAAUGUGUGUACUGUUGCCAUGCAGUUUGUCUGGAGAUGUUGACUUUUUUACGUUUUUAUAUACCAAGUGUUUCUUGAAGAUUUUUGAAAUUUGUGUACAAAGCAAUUAGUGCAUUUCAUUUGAGAACACGUGUAUAAUUCUGAUCUGACAAUAUACUAUAUCUCCUUGUAUAUAAUAUACAGUAUAUAUAUCAGUGUUAAAGUAGUUUAAAGGCUUCAAAUCAUUAAGAAAAAAUCACUUUCAUGUCAUAAUCGCACUCCACUGAGGAUAAGGACAUUGGUACUGUAUCGCAUGAAGUCUUUAAAAAUAAAGAAAACCUUUACAAUCA